AGAAAUGAAACUGAAUUUAUUAGAGAGAGAAAAAAAGAAGAAGAAGACGCAUUCAUCGUUUCGCCAAAAUCCUUCUUCUCAAAGAAACCUUUUUUAAUCUAAUCAGCCUAAAAUGGAUAUGAUUACCAUGGAAGGAAUGAUGGAUCAGACAGUUUUGGAUGAUAUAAUCCGAAGGCUUCUCGAAGGAAAAGGCGGAAAACAGGUUCAGUUAUCAGAAGGUGAGAUCCGUCAGCUCUGCGUCAACGCUCGCCAAAUAUUCCUAUCUCAACCUAAUCUUCUCCAGCUUCAAGCACCCAUCAGGAUCUGCGGUGAUAUACAUGGACAAUAUCAGGACUUAUUGAGGUUAUUUGAGUUUGGUGGGUAUCCUCCAGCUUCAAAUUAUCUAUUUCUAGGUGAUUACGUUGAUAGAGGGAAGCAAAGUUUGGAAACCAUAUGUUUGCUUUUGGCAUACAAGAUUAGAUAUCCAACAAAACUACACCUUCUUAGAGGAAACCAUGAAGAUGCUAAAAUCAAUAGGAUUUAUGGGUUUUACGAUGAAUGCAAAAGAAGGUUUAACGUUCGCCUUUGGAAGAUAUUCACUGAUUGUUUCAAUUGUUUGCCAGUAGCUGCUCUUGUAGAUGAAAAGAUCUUAUGCAUGCAUGGGGGACUUUCACCUGACUUGCUAAGUCUGAAUGAUAUUAAGGAAUUACCUAGACCAACAGAAAUACCAGACAAUGGUCUCCUAUGUGAUCUUCUCUGGUCUGAUCCAGAUCCGAGGAUUGAGGGUUGGUCGGACAGUGAUAGAGGAGUUUCCUGCACGUUUGGCCCCGAUACUGUCGCUGAUUUCUUGGAGAAGAAUGAUCUAGACCUUAUUUGCCGAGGUCACCAGGUUGUGGAGGAUGGGUAUGAGUUCUUUGCUAAGCGAAGUCUGGUGACGAUAUUUUCAGCUCCAAACUAUGGAGGAGAGUUUGACAAUGUGGGUGCGCUUUUGAGUGUCGAUGAAUCGUUAGUCUGCUCUUUUGAGAUAUUAAAAGCAGUUGUCACUGGAACUUCUAAGAUUCCUCUUAAGAAGCCACCUAAAAUUGGAAGGGCAUAAAAGAAAGCAGAUGCAGUUUGUACAGAAACCGGGUAAAGAUGAAUUGUUUGGGAUUUGAAUCAAGUUAACAUUUUUAGGAAGCAAGAUCAAGAUGCAGUUAUGAAGCUUGCAAAUAUUAGUCUUUGAUGGACAUGGUGAAUUUUGUUAAUGCAUUCAAUUUAGAACUGCAAAGUUGGUUGAUGAAUCCAACUCAUAGUUUUUCAAAGUUCAAUGCAUUUUGUAAAUCAGUUGUGCUUUGUUGAAUCUUAUUGAUAUCAGACAAUGUAUAUUGUUGUGUUGCAUCUACUCCUACUAUAAUCCAACCAUUGUCUUUUUAUUUAUUUU